CGCUAUUACUUCCUCUCGCGUAUGUUUUGGGGGUUUUUGGUGGCUUCGUGCAUUCGGUCCAGUCGAUUUUGAGAUUUUCUCACCUAAAUUCGGAAUUGCGGACAACCGUGAUCACACCAAAGAUUUUGAAGGAGGAUGAAAAGUGACGAUUCUCAAAUGCAGAAUAACGAUGGAAGAGAGCGGAGUAGGGAAAGAGAUCGCACCAGGAGAUCGGAGAGGAACAGAGUAAAUUCAGCUAGUCGAGAUCGAAGCAGAGACCGUGGAAAUGAUCGUGGGAGGAAGAUUUCCGAAAGACGGAUUUAUGUUUCCAAUAUUCCAUAUGACUAUCGUUGGCAGGAUUUGAAAGAUUUAUUCAGAACUGAGGUUGGCAAAGUAGCUCACGUUGAAUUGUUUACGGACGAGAGUGAAAAGCCGCGAGGUUGUGGAAUUGUCGAAUUUGAAGAUGCCGAUUCUGUUAAGGUCGCCGUGGAAAAAAUGCAUCGAUUUGAUAUUAAGGGACGAAAACUAGUCGUUAAAGAGGACUACGAUGUGGAACGUGAUAAGUACGGUCGCCUGGCUUCGUCUAGAAACAACGACAGGGCUCCUCGAGAAGAGAGAUUUAGAGAUCCUCCAAGACAAAAUCCAGGACGACAAAAUAUGUCUGCACCUAGUGGUGGUGGUGGAGGUGGUGGUGGUGGUGGUGGUAGUGGCGGCGGAGACAAAUUUGGAAACACUUAUGGUCUCAGCACGCAAUUUUUAGAGUCGUUGGGUAUCAACGGACCUUUGGUUACGCGAGUUUUCGUUGCAAAUCUCGACUACAAAGUAGACGAGAAAAAGCUCCUCGAGGUCUUUAAACUCGCUGGAAAAGUUCUGGCUGUGGAAUUGGGAAAAGACAAGGACGGAAAGUCUCGCGGUUUCGGCGUCGUGGAAUACGAUCAUCCUGUGGAGUCUGUUCAGGCUAUUUCUAUGCUCCACAAUCAACAACUCUUCGAUCGUCGCAUGACUGUUCGUCUCGACCGAGCAAAUGAGCCAGACAUGCCUCCAAAACUACCAGAAGGAUUGAAAGGAAUCGGAAUGGGACUUGGAGCCGGUGGAAACAGACUCACCGACGUCGCGAGAAAUAUUCCAAACGUCCAACCGAAUAAUCCUCCUGUGGUCAAUCCCAUUUCUGCACCAGUCUUGGCAACUGGCGCAUUUGGUGGCGGUCUAAGUAAUGUCGUUCCCGCACAAUUAGCUUCUGCUUUGGCAAAUUCGAACGCUAACGCUUUGCAAGCUAGUCUCGCUGGAGGUUUGGGGGCUAACCUCGCUACCACUUCUCUCUUAAAUCAGUCCUUGACGAGUGAAUUGGCUUCUAAUUUAAGCAACUUUGGAGGAGGAGUCGGUGGACUCUCUAGUUUGCAGGCUUCUUUGGCGAAUGCUCAAGGAAAUAAUAGCUUUGCUCCGCGACUAUCGAAAAUGGAUAAUGAUGUUCCAUUCGGAGGAAAUAACGCUUUUGGAGGACAGAAUUUCGGAGGUGCUAGGGGAGAUUAUGACGGUUUUAGCAGAGGAGAUGCUGACAGAGUUUCUGGAGGAAAUGCAGUCUUUUCUUCUAACCAAGGCGGUGGCAAUAGACAGAACAGUAAUGGAUCUCGACCUUUGUCCGAUACCAUCUUAAUAGGAAACCUGCCAUCAAACACGACAUGGCAAAUGUUGCGGGACAAAUUUCAGGAUGUUGGAGAAGUCAAAUUCGCUGAAAUGCGCGGAUCGGACCUAGGAUUGGUGAGAUUCGCUACUGAAUGGGAUGCGGAGCGUGCAGUGUCAAUGAUGAAUCGAUCACGCCUUGAUGGAAGACAAAUCGAGGUUCGCCUCUACUAAUGACGAAGUAUGGAAUCAGACUACAAUUAAGCUAUGAAAAUGAGUUUGGUAUAUGAUUCACAGCAUGAUUUAGAUCCGGAUGAGAAAGCUUUUUAUUCAUCCUUAUUCUAAGAGGGAAAACCCUAGAGAAGUGUCUGUCGUUGGAAUAUCAACAUUGGUGUCUACUCAACGUUGCAAGCCUUUCCAUUGAAAAUUCAUUACUAAUCAUCGAUCCUUUUUGUAUUAUCUUUUCCGACCAGACACAGUAUCAAUAGCUGUUAGGCGUAGGUUCCUAUUGGCCCGCGUAAUUCUUAGAUUUCAAUGUGUAGGUUACUGCUUACAGUAAUGUGAACAUAGUUUUUAAGAUUACUUUCUAGUAUGACGACAAACGCAGGACAAUUGAGAGCUUCAAGUUCGCUCGAUGCAAUCUUAACAAAUCGAUUUAAUUGCGUUAGGAACUCGUCGCUCAUUGAUAUUAAACGUCGCAAUCACUGAAGAAAUAUAUCUGACCAGCAAGAAAAGUGAAAGCUGUCGUUCGGGAUCUUUCAAGUAUCGAUUUUUUGCACGGACUACAUAUUUUUUUAGCUGGAUAACUUGCACCGACUGGGAAAUUUUGCUGUAGUUUUACAGUUCUCGAUGCAAAAAUAAUUGAGAAGAUGGAUAUUAAAUGAGAAGAAACACACGCAAAAAUUGAAAAUAUCAAGGAUUAUUCAUCGCAGAAGCCAAAUCAGUUUCACUGACGAAAUACCAACUCUCUCGUUCUUUUGUCAUUUUUAGUAGAACUUUGAAUUUGAUGUUAAUAAUGAUUGAUUCAAGACAGAUGGGGACAAAUUCAAUCAGAAGAUUGAAGCAUUUGCUUAUUUGAGCCAGUUUGUAGAGUUCAGGGAUUAGUCGAGUAUUUUAAUUUUAAUCUGCGAACUUUUGUUUUUAUUUCUGCGUCGCACAAAACAUAAUUUCCAGUCCAAAUUAGUCAAAAGAUUAUGUUAUUUAUUUUAAUUUUAUUCUAUAGUUGCAUUCUGUUGAACUGGUUUGUUGUAUCUCUAGUUUAAGGAUACAUACAUCACUAUAUUUUAAAAGAUUUUCGUGAACUCUACACUUUUAAAUUGAGUCCCCUGUGUUGAGAAUUUUCAACUUUCCAAAUAUCCUAAGAAUUAGUUUCUGCAUUGCUAAUUUUAGUCUUUUUAGUAUGUUAUAAAGGGAGUGUAUUGUGGUUCGAGAGGUGGCAGUCUUCAGUCUUAACGAUUCUGUUUGUAAUUUUUGUAAAUUUCCCUGAAGGCUUUAACGAUUCCACGUCAUUUUUAUAAGGUAUAAAUAAUUUUGUUGCUCGCUACAGGCAGGUGGUUCAUUAUUUCUGAAGUCUGGCCGAAAAUGAAAGAAAAAAGAUAAGGUUGAUAGCUCUGUUAGCAUCGUAUGUUUACCAAAAUCAGUUGCUUGUAAGAUUUAUAAUUUGCUUCUAUUAAUUCGUAAUCGUGUUGAAUUGAAAUCUGAUUUCCGAAAGUUAACUCUUUGGUAAACAUAUUUCCUCUCGCCACGUAGAUCCAAGGUACGUUCUGCGUAUUGUAUAACACUUGUAUACUCAUUACUGCGAAGAUGGUGAAUGAAUAAAUUUCAAAUUCAAUUUGACUAUGAAAAU